CUUUCCCCUCAUUCAGUACCUCUUUGUGCACCAGAACGCGCAAGUGGCAGCUUACGACACGGAAAGAGAAUAAAACCAGCGUCUUGCUUCGAGGAAAAGCUACACUUCGAAGCGUCUUUUGCUAGUCCAGCAGAGGAAAGCCAGAAGUCAAGAUGAGGAAAAUGAUUUCGCUGUUGAUGAACUUGGCUGUUUUUAUAAUGGUGAUCAGCUCCGUCGACUCCGCUCGUCUUGCCAAGGGAAUGACCUGUCGGAAAGCCGGAGGAGAAUGCUAUCGCAACGGAAAGGCGAACAGAAUUUGUGAGAAAUAUGAUGACGAUGCCAACGACUGCGGAGGAUCCAGGAAGUGCUGUCUAGUAACGACCGAUCACCCGCCUGGGAUGAUAAGAAAAGCAUUUAAAUGUACGGCACCGUGCGACGUCGGAACUUGCACGCCGAGGCGGCAGUGUGCAGAGGAAGGGCGGGGACCGAGGUGUGGCAAGAGAUGCGUGUGCUGCACCAAAGUCAAACCCUCAAAAACCACUGGACUAAAAACUGGCAAUGUGAGUGAAGGAAAGGGGACCAGGGGACCCAGAAGGGGACCGCAAAACCAAAAUUUCCGCCCAAGGAAAGUAAAGCAAGGUGGUUGUGCGACAACUGAUGAUUGCGAUAUGAAAGGAGGAAAGUGCAAGGCGAAGUGUAAGAAAAAUGGAGAUUCAAGCCUAUGUAGUGGCGACUGCACUUGCUGUGGAGUAUGUGAGGCAAAAAGCAAGUGUAGCCGUUAUGAUGGAGUAUGCAAGAAAUCAUGCGAUGGAACAGAGCGGACGAUAAAGGGAGGAUGCAAGAAAAAAAAGAAAUGUUCUUGUUGUGCACCAAAGUGCGAACAAAACGGGUGCCAAGGUCAAUGCGUUAGCAGCAAGAAAGAAUGCAAUGGGCAGUUUAUCAAGAAUGGCUGUGGCGGAUUUAAAUGCCAUUGCUGCAAUUCGGUCGGUAAGUUGUAAAAAAGGUGUUAACUGAAAAAGGUAAGUUUUUCUCUGUUUAUGCAUACUAUCCAGAGUUCUUUUUUUUUUCAAUAAAACAGUAAGUAUCUGAAAAUAAGCUGAAGUAGCUUGCAAUUUCUCUAAAGCUAACCAGACCCAAAUGAUAUUCACUGCAUCAAGGCUUUGAUCAGAAGGGUAGGUAAUUAGGCAGGACAAUGGAAGAGAAACUUUGCAGAGAAAUGGCUACUCUUUGCACUCCAAGAAGUUAGAAAAUGAUCCCUACAUGGUAAAGCAGCAACCAAGCACAGCUGUGAUCAAAACUAUGACAGUUAGAAUAACUUCAAACAGAACCUCCUUGGAGUUCAACUUCAGCUUUCCUUUUACUGGUGAGUGCGAAAUAUUUUGUUUGCAUGUGAAAAAUGACAAAAGUUAACUUUGGUCUAUAAAAUAAUGUCACAGUGCAGCAAAAAGUUGAAGCUUGUUUUCUUUCAAAUUUCUAUUUAAUUUCUUUUCCCAUAUUUUUCAGGAGAUCCUCAAGACUUCAAACCAAUCAUUUCAUAGAUGUGAUAAUAAAAGUUGAUGAUUAGAA